AUGGAUCGUGCGGAGUCAUCCGGCGGCGAGUCACAAAGACCCGCGAAGCGGGCAAAGAGGAGCUCGGUUGCAUGCCGGAGAUGUCAUACCCAGAAGAUCAAGUGCUCUGGGGGUACCCCAUGCAUUGCCUGCGUGACCGCCGGUCAAGCUAGCGCUUGUAACUAUCCCUUUCGAGAGCGGAAGGUCACAAUACCUGAGCACUACCUGAAACAAUUGGAGGCCGACUCGCAGGCUCUCAGACUCCAGAAUGAAACUGCCCCCAGUCAACCUAGGAGUCCCGGGGCUGACGUCGACCAGCUGCUGGACUCGACGAUAGUAUCAGCAGCAUCAGAUCUUGGGGUCGUAAACCCACUGUUCGAUGCACGCCGGGAGCAGCCACCCGCUCAAAUCGUAACGGAACCAUCAUUCAUCGGUGAAGCAGCAUGCGAUGCGUUCAUUGAAAGACUCCUGCAGUCGCUCAGCCACAGAGAAGCCAACUCACUCCCGGCUCCGCACAAGUAUAUAAUUGAUAUGCCCGGAGUACGCAUGCCAGCCAUUAACUAUACACUUCCCGAACGAGUCCACGCCAAACUGCUGGUCCAGGUGGCCGCGAGGUUCAUCGGAAAUGGCCAGCAUCUGUUUUUAACCUCGUACAUGGAAGAGGUUGACAGCGUCUAUAAGAAAGAUGCAGAGCCCAGCUCUAUAUGGUUAUGCAAGUUGUUAGCACUGCUUGCUCUUGGUGAGUUGUACUCGAAUAGACGGCGUGGUAACGGUGACAACAAGGCCCCAGGGGAGGAAUAUUUUGUAUCUGCGUUGAGUAUGUUGCAUAACCAAUAUGAAGAUACCACAACACUACAUGUUGAGGUUUAUCUCCUACUGGCAUGUUACUCAAAUGCGCUCGGUCGCGUUAGAUCCGCCUAUACUUAUUCAGGUAUUGGGAUGAGAGUUGCGCUAAGUCUUGGCAUGCAUCGAUCGUCGUCCUCUCUACAUACUAGUGCUGUCGAGCGGGAGUCCCGGCGGCGCAUAUGGUGGUCUCUUUAUCUUUUUGACCGACUGACUUGCUCCAAGCUUGGCCAACCAACGGCCGUGAACGACGAUGACAUUGACGUGGAGCUACCAACGAUGGAUGGGCUGACAGCGGAAGAGAAAGAGGAGUUCCCAGAUCCAGGUCACUUGUUCGCUAGUGUUGGCCUUGCGAAGAUAGCAGGAGACAUAUUGAGUGACAUAUAUUGCAUGCCAGGACGAAAAAAGGUUCAUUUCGUCAAGAGGGUUCAAGGAAUUCUACGGAACCUCCGAGACUGGGACGACACGCUACCUCAAAACCUCACAUUUCGCUGGGACGAUUCGAACCGCCAUGUCGCCAGUCUCCACCUCUGUUACAACCAGUGCAUAAUCCACACAACCCGACCGAUUUUACUCCACCUAUUCCGCGCACAGUUCUGCCUCGAUGGUUCCCGCACCGCAGACCAGCCGUCCCAGAGCUUCUCCCCGACAACCACGGCGCUGGCUGAUAGCUGCAUAAAUGCGGCGCGCACAUCCAACCGUAUCCUCUCCAAGCUAUUUGUUGAUGGUACAUUGGCCACUCUGGGCUAUUGGGACGCACACUACCUUUUCUCCUCCACCCUAAUCCUUCUCAUGGCCGCCGUCAUGAGCCCCAGCCAGGCUGUCUCCGAUGCUGUGGACACUGCUCUCAGCGUCCUUUGCUCCAUACGCGAUGAUGGCAAUGUUCCCGCCAGUGACUACUAUGAACGUCUCAAGCUGGUACAGAAAAGCAUCACCGAACUGAGUGAUAGAGUCAUAAAAGGGAAAGAGGUUGGUCUCAUUGCCACCGCCGCGCAGACUCACCAGGUAGGAGCUGCGGGACUUGAAAGGGCGCAAAUAGAAGGUGGAGGCUGGGUUGCACAGAAUAGUGACGUUGUUGAGGCAAUGGGUGGAGAAAGUCGAGGUGGAGGUGUUGGUAUUGAAAAUUUCAGGCUAGAAGACAAUUUUGACGCCCUGGCCAAUCCUUAUAUUGACGGCUUCUUGGCUGAGAAGUCUUUCACCUGGCCGAAUGCCUUUCCAGAUGGAACUACGUUACAGCAGUUUGCCAAUGAGCUCGGUGUUAGCUUUGGUCUGCUUGAGCCUCAUGGGUAG